AGGCCCCGUGCCACCAGGGGGCGGCGCCCGCUGGCCGCUCAAGCAGGGCUGUCGGCCUUGCUGGCCAGGGCUUUGCCGCCUGCCCGCCACCCGCUGGCAGCAAAGGAGGGCAGGGGCGCGCGAUGGCGCGCGAGGGCAGCCGAUCGCGGAGCCCCCCGUCGCGCUCCGCGCUGGCCGGGCAGGUGGAGGCGUUCCUGCGCGGGUGCCCCGAUGUCGAGGAGCGCGCCAAGGCGCAGAUGCGCGACGCGCCGGCGGAGGUGCAGCAGGCCGUGCUCCGGCGUGGCGGGCUGAACGACGCCCGCAACCCGACGGCUGUGCUGAUCUCUAGGAUCCGCAACGCGGCGGAGG